CUCAAAGCUAUCUUUCCCGCGUUGCGCUUCGAUUUUGGUUUAGGCAGACCAAAUGGGACGUGAAAGCCCACAGCUAUUUAUACGAGUUGAAAAUAUUGAGACCACCCAUCCUCCUCCAACGUUGAGAUCAGAGGACAGCUUAACUACAUACAAGGAAAUGGCCAAUACUAUGGCCAGCCUACCAGGGCAAUUUCUCUCCGGAAAACGCAUCUUCGUGGCAGGAGCCGGGAUUGGUUCUUUGGCCUUCGUUUCCGCUCUUGAACAAUUAUGGCCUCGGGACUUGGCAUCGAAACAUCCUGAAGUCACCGUGUUUGAGCGGGAGACUCGACAGGAUUCCAUCCAGAAGGACAACUACAUGCUGGAUAUAACCGGCGGUAGCCCGGAUGAGGGCCUAUUCGCACUGCAGCAGUUGGGAUUACUGGAUAGCAUCCGUCCCUACUCAACCCUCAACAGCGGCCUCAUCAACGUGUGGAGCGACAAGUGGAAAUUUCUCGCGGACAUCGCUCCCAAAGCCUACGGCAAUCUGCCGGCUGCGACAAUGCGCAUCACCCGGGAGAAUUUGAAGCGUAUCCUCUUAGAAAAUUCAGAAAAGGGAAACACGGUAUUUCAAUGGCAAAGUACCUGCACCUCCGCGGAGCGUCUUCAGAACGGGCAGAUUAGAGUCACUAUCCAGGAUGUGGAGGCUGGCACCAUACAUACCGAAGACUGUGACCUACUCAUAGCCGCCGACGGGUCCAACUCCAAGAUCCGAGAGACUUUUCGUCCCUUCGACUCGAAGGUGGUGUACUCGGGCGUGACACAGAUCGGUGGCAUCUCUCGCCUGACCCAAGGACUACCCCACCCCGUGGAGGAGGACUACGGCCUCCAAAUGUCAUCAGGCGAAGGAGUGUGCUGCAUCUACACGCCCUUCGACGCCGAGACCAUCGGCUGGGCAGUGAGCAAGCCAGGGCCUGCGCGAGACGCCCAUCCUGGGCCUUUCACGCAGGAGGAGUUCGCCGCGCUCAAGAACGAGGCGCUCAAGACCGCGUCCAUGUUUGACGAGCCUUUCAAGACUAUCGUCGAGGCGACAGACCCGUCGACUGCGUUCAUCCGGCCCGCCUACGAGAAGCAGCCCUUCCAGCACGACGCGCGGAUGCGAGGUGUCGUGUUCAUUGGCGACGCGAACCGCGUCGUCAACCCGUUCGUGCUGGUCGGUGCGAACCUCGCCCUGAAAGACGGCUGGGACAUGGCAGAGCAAUUAUGCUACAAUACCUCGCUGGACUCGGCGGUCGCCGGGUACGACAGGCUCAGUAUUCCUCGUGUGGAACACGCCAUCAAGUUCUCGCAUGAGCGCGUACGUUUCGGCCACAGCACUGGUCUCAUGUGGAAAAUCUACAAAUACGGCAUGGCUGCUCAGAGGAAAAUUGGGAAGUAAUCCUGCUUGAGAGAGUUUCUUUUGUGAUCACGUAGGGCGAACGAAGGGCUUGAGAGGACUGGCUUGUCUCGUGGGCGACGUUUUGGUUUUUGUCAAUUAAUAUCUAUACACAUUUACAUUUUCCGGCUCACAUUCCCUCAAUUGGUUCUUUCCAAACAAAUUUUUGAAAGAUAUUAGCGUAAUAUAUCAAGACAAAUUCUAAUAGUUCAACCUA